GCUCAGCUUGGGCUCCGAGGGCACACAGCGCACCACCGCGCGCUCCAUCGCGCCCGCCGCCGCCGCCGGCUCGGUCACCGCCUCGGCCCGGCUGCGCUGCUCCACCCCCGCCGACCGGACCCCACGAAGGACGGCACGGACCCCCGGGAACCUCCACAUGAACCUGGACGCUGACAAAGAUCAGUCCCAACAGUUGCCCAGCGCCAACCCGAGACCCAGGAACCACAGCCACUCAUUCAGACCCGAACACUUCCGGCCGGGAGGAUUUCAUUCAAGCCCAUACUGACCGGGAAUUCACUUUGUAGUUCCAGACUUGUCUCAGAACUCACAGGGGUCCUCCAACCUCAGCCACCACACCUUUCUCCCAAGUGACAUUUUUGGAGUAACUACUGUAUGGAAAACAUAGUAGUGUAGGAUGCUUCCUCACUAAAAAAACUCCUGCUCUUUCUCUUUAACGAGGCGGUCGAGCAGCCACCAAAAUGCAAAUCUUUGUGAAGACCCUGACAAGUGAGACCAUCACACUAGAAGUUGAACCCAGUGACACCAACAUAAAUGUCAAGGCCAAGAUCCAAGACAAGGAAGGUAUCCCACCUGACCAGCAGCGGCUGAUAUUCGCUGGCACACGGCUGGAGGAUGGCCGCACUCUCUCUGAAUACAACAUCCAGAAAGAGUCUCCCCUGCACCUGGUGUUGCGCCUGCAUGGUGGCAUCAUCAAGCCCUCCCUCCGCCAGCGUGCCCAGAAGUACAACUGUGACAAGAUGAUCUGCCACAAGUGCUAUGCUCGUCUGCACCCCCAUGCUGUGAAUUGCUGUAAGAAGUGUGGCCACACCAACAUCCUUUGCCCCAAGAAUAAGAUCAAGUAA